UUCAUGAGUCAUGAUGUCACUGCAGUAGGUUUUUGGCUACUGCACAUUCUAUUUGCACAAGCGCAAGUGACACAAACUGUAGGAUAAAGAUGGGGCAAAGCAAGACAGACAGGCUGUAAUGCACAGAAAACGGAUUACAAACAUUACCAAUUCAAUGAAACACCACAAGACGUUUCACUAAAUGAAACAUUCGUUUAAAAAAAUAAGAGAAAAAGAUGAAACGUGAUUCUCAGGAACAACGCUCUGUCAAUCUGAAUGGGCCAGUGUCACCUUUAGCCUCGCCACUACUAAUGGAUUAUUUACCUUGUUAAUAACUAAAUGGAAUUUAUUGCAGUAACAACAUACUUUGCUGAUUUUACAGUUCACAGGGAAAGGCAUUGUUUAAAGCUGCUUUUUACUGGUCUGUGUCUGGGAUUGGUGAGUUUUCUGGUUACAUGGGCUUAUAUAGGUCGUGGAAAAAAGUCCAGAAACUCCUCCAUCUCUCCUGCAGACUCAGAGUCAAGUUCAAGUUCAUUUUACUCUGAAUUUGGAAUCCGUUCAAAAAGUUACUCCAGUUUACAGCAGACUCUUUACUGGGCUGGACCAGACACACUUAUCACAAAUGUGUCAAUGAGUACAAGUCCAGCUCACUCCACUUUCAUCAUUCAGAACCUGAAAGACAGCUACCAAAUAGGGGAGGAGCUUUUUGUUACUAUCCAUGCCAGGGACUUUAACAAUAAAUCUAAACAUUAUGGAGGGGAUUUCUUUCAAGCAAAGCUUUUCUCAUCCAAAAGUCCCAAAAAGGCCAGUGUGUUUGGGGAGGUGGUGGAUUUGCUCGAUGGCUCCUACUCUGUGCGUUUUCUUCUGCCGUGGGUUGGAGAGGCACAGGUGGCUGUGCGUCUGAUUCACUCCAGUGAAGCUGUGCAUGUCCUCAAGCAUCACAGAGCCACUGAUUCUGACAGAGUUUUCUUUAAUGGAUAUUUUGAAGGACCAGGACCAAAUGGGACCAGGUUGAAAGAAACAGUGAAGUGUAAUGUGAAGUGGGACAAAAAUGGACUAGAGAGGAUGGGAACUGGAGAUUGUUGCUGUGAUUACAAAGAUUCUCGCACAAAAGAGACAUGGCGUUGCCAAAGACCUCAAACCUUGCCAUGCAGCGCCUAUGUGUAUCAUGCUAUGGGCGGGUAUAUCAACCGCCUCACUGAAAAAGAGAAAAUUCUGAUGAAGGAAACCAACCAAGGUAUUAACAAAAGAAAUAAAACCAUCAUCAACAUUGUUGCAUCCAAAAUAAAUAAAAGUAUUGGUGUAACACAGAAAUGUCAUCCUGGUUUGCACACACCAGUUCCAGCUGGGUUUUACUUGAAUGAUGUUUGGACAUCUUUUGUGUGCAGUACCCGCAGUUUUACUAACCAAACAACAACACAGUGCCUGAAAGACAAAAGCAUCUACAUGAUGGGAGACUCGACCGUGAGACAGUGGUUUGAGUUCUUGCUGAAAGCAGUACCAACUUUGAAGCAGAUGAACCUGCAUGUUGAAUAUCAGGCAGGGCCUCUUCUAGCAGUGGAUGUGGAGAACAACAUUGACUUACACUGGAGGGCUCACGGUCUUCCUCUGCGCUGUCUGAAAACUGAAGUUUCUAAUCUGCACUACGUCAGUAAUGAGAUUGAUGAUCUGACUGGAGGACCUCACACUGUUAUUGUCUUUAAUCUGGGGCCACACUUCAUAACAUAUCCUCUGGAUUUCUUCACCCACAGAGUGUUGAGGAUCCGCAAAGCUGUGCUAGAUUUGUUACAGCGGGCACCAGACACUACCGUUAUAAUCAAGACCGUAAACACCGGCUAUAAGGAUGUGUUUGGCAGUGACUGGUAUUCUUUGCAGUUGGACAGAAUCCUACGGUGGGCUUUUCAGGAUGUUGGUGUUUAUAUUUUGGAUGUUUGGCAAAUGACAGCCUGUCACUACAACAAAGAGAACAUUCAUCCAGGUCCUGUCAUCAUCAAAAAUGAAAUGGACAUUUUUCUGUCUUUUAUUUGUUCUAAAUGAAUUUUUCACAUGAGCAAUCAAAGAGGUAAAAACAUAACUCCCCUUUAGUUUUUUAUUGAUUUAUCUAGAAUGUGCAUAAAGAAAAACAAAUGGCACCAAAAAUACUCUAUUUGUUACUUUUUGCAGUAACUGAACAUUUUACAGUGUUAUAUUUUAUCAUAUGACGUCACCUGCAGGACAACCGGCAAAUUGCACCUAAAUGUUACCUCUGUACAAUGUGAAUUUAUUUUUGCAUCAC